AUGUUUCAAGCGAUCCUCGAAUUUGCAGCGAAGAAGGACGCGAUAGCAGAGAACACUAAUGGCAUUAGGGCACAGAAUUUGGAGGUUGGAGGUUCCCAGAUAGAGAAAGGUGACACUGAAGAAGUUCAGCUUCCUGACAUUGCUCUGAAAGACGCAAAGGGUGGAUCGGAGACACAAACCCUGUCCGAUGAACUAGCUGAGUGCAAGCUGACAGCCUAG